CGCGCGCUAUGAGCGUGAGGAGGAGGCGGCCCACGGGAGGAGCCUUCAGCCAUUUUGGCUUAGGGCGCCCGCCUGCGGGCGCGCGCCCCAUGGUGGCUGCUGGGGCGGAUGCCGCGGUGGUCGAGCUGGAGCGGAGGGCCGAGCGCCUCGAAGAGGAGUACCGCCGCCUCCUCGGCGCCGGCGGCUCGCUCUCGGCGAGGGACACGGAGAGGCGCGAAGCGCGCAUCGCGCUGCUCGAGCGGGAGUAUUCCGCGCUGCUGCGGGAGAUACCCCUCGCGGCCGGCCGCGACGGAACGGAACCCGCCGACCCUCGCGGUGGCAUUCUCGCGGCCGGCCGCGACGAGGCGGAGCCUGCUGGCCUUGCCAGGGGCGCGCCGCGGCUGCGCGGCCAGCCCCGCCGGCCGCGCUCCGCAGCCGGGCCGCGGGGUGCGGUGGCGCGGGCGGCGGCGGCGCCGGCGGCCGACGCGCGCGAAGUCUGCAGCUCCGGAGCACAGGGGGCGCUGCAGGGUCGGCCGCCGGCGGCGACCAGCUUCGAGGAGGUGGAAUCGUCAUUGAGUUCCCUGCAGCAGGUGGUGCAGUCGUGCCGCGGCCAGGCCGGGGCGCAGGAGGCGCCGCUCGCGGCUCUCGCCGCCCUGGCAGAGCCCGAGGGCGUCAUAGAGGCCCUGCUGCGGGCGGCGCCGCCCGCGCAGGCGGCCACUGCGCAGGAGGCGCCGCGCCCAGUGCCCACCCCAGCGGAAGCGCCCGUGGCCAGCACCGAUCUGACCUCGACGGAUCAGUCCCAGCGGGCCCCGGCGCCGGAGCACACCGAGCCACCGCAGCAGGGCGCCCUUCCGGCGGCACGCGAUGCGCUGGAGGCAGAGGUCCUGCUGCUACGAGGACAGCUCGAGGAUGUGGAGGCGUCGCUGCGCGCGGCCUCCAGUGAGGCCGCGUCUGCUGCGGCCGCCGCCGCGCGGCUGGAAGAGCGCCGCGGGCAGCAGGCCCGCGCCGGCGAGGAUGCGGCCGCGAAGCUGCGGAAGGAGAGUCAGCGCCUGGCCGCGAGCCUGCGCCAGGCCGCGGCCGAGGAGCGCCGCCUGGCCGCCGCGGCCGUCGCCGCGCCCGAGCGCGCGGAGGCGGCGCUCCGGCAGCUGCGCGAGGAGGCCCGCCGCCUCGAGGAGGAGAACGGCAGCCUCAGGGCCUCCCUCGAGGCGGACCGGGCCCAGGUCGCGGCCCUGCGCGAGGAGUCCGCCGCCGAGGGCUCUGCGGCCCGCGGCGAGCGGCGGCCGCGCGGUGCCCGCGCAGGCGGCGCAACCGCCGCGCGGCAGGGCGCCGCUGGGCCAGGCUUGCCGGCCAGGCCGCCCUUGCGGCAAGGCAGCGUGCCAAUGCUGCGCGCGGCGAGGGCGGUCGCCUGAGCGGCGCAGCUCGCUCCUCGCGCCCGCGCCGCGCCAAGGAAAUUGCAGCCAGGGGCCAGCGACGG